AAAAAAAUAUUGACAACGCACGAAAUCCAUUGCACGGCAAUAUAUAAACAGAGGAGCUCUGGCAUUUUGCACAGAAGUAAAAGAAAAGAGUACGCGAUGAUAAAGUUCAUAAUUCUUGCAUCUCUCUGCGCACUGGCGCUUGGCCAAGCCGUCCCUCCCCCGCCAUCCGGCGAUCAGCUGCCCCAGUUGAACAGGGUCGCAAGACAACUGCCGAAGAUAUCGGACAUGGGACAGACGAUGGGAUCGGGUAUGCCGCAGCUUGGAAAUUCGGGUCAAGGUCAAGUAGACACCAUCGAUCCUAUGGGGUUGAUAAAGAAGGGUCAAAAUAUAGCUAAGGAAAUUAUGACAGGAAGGAAGCGUCGCGACGUUUCCGAUUGGCUGGAGCUAAAUCGUGACGAUCUACCACAGCCGCCGUCGGUCUUGUCGUCUCCGUAGACGUCCGAGUUGAUACAAACUUACGAAUGCGGAAUGCAGCGAUUUAGCGGCGAGCAGGAAGAAUCUACUUCGGCAACUUUCGCGGGUCUUCGGUAAACUUCGUAAAGUUCAAAAAGCACUAAUAUAAUUUCAGCUAUCGAUAAUUAUUGUUCGUUAAAUUUUGUCGGCCUGGUAAUAAAUCUUGCACGAUAUAUAUAUA